CUUACCCCAUGUCGUUGGAAGCCCGGACUACUCUCGAGGGGGUCUAUGCCCACGUUAUAGCGCGGUCAGCAGCUCGACGGUAUCUGCACGACCUUUACGAGGAGGUUGAUUCGAAACCCUGCAAGACUAGUGAGGAAAGAAUUUGUCGUAUCUGUGCUGGUACUGCAGCUGAUGGAAGAUUGAUAUCCCCUUGUCGGUGUAAAGGAUCGAUGAAAUACGUUCAUGUCGAAUGUCUGAAUCAGUGGCGAAAAGUCGCCGCUAAUCGGGACAACUUCUUCCAGUGUCAAACUUGCAAGUACAAGUAUAAGUUUAAAAGGACUUGGUUUGCCGGGUUGUUGACGAACCCUGUUAUAGUUGGUCUGUGCACCAUGUUUGUUCUCCUCCUUCUUAUAGUGCUGUGUGGAUUCUUUGGAUUGAUGCUUGGUUAUUUCUUCCCAUCAGAGGAAGAAGACGUGGGAUUCCUAUGGUUCCUUAUUGCUGGCCACCGAUGGGCAUGGUAUGAUUUCCUCCUACGUGGCGUUACUAUAGUCGGUCUGAGCGGCUUUGCUCAACUGAUUUUCUAUAUUCCCCGAUUGGGAGUGGACAACCAGCCGCGAGGAGGACGGGUGGAUGUGAUGAUAUUAAUCAUCAUAGUAGCUGGGCUUAUCAAGGUCUUUGCUGAAUUGUACUCAAGUGUAAGAGAAUGGUCAGAGUAUUACCUCGCCCACGCGGAGUCCCUCAUACUGGAUGUACCAGAAGAAGACGAUGAGAAGCUGUCAAUAGCAAUACGCCAUCAGAGCUCUGUAGCUGCGAAGCACUAUUAGUUCAGUUUACUAUGUAUUGGAGUUUCACCCGAAACACGAGUGAAAAAUAUAUUUCACAACUACUGCAUAUCACCGCGAAUAUCGGGUUUUUCACGGAGUAUUGCACCACUUCACGUGAAACGGGUAGUCG